UCAUUUCCUCUGGUCAUCUUCUCUCUAGGGUUUCUCUCUCUCCUCUAUCCGCUCUCGCACCCACCGACGAUUUUCGGCCGCAUCACCCCCAUCGGCUUGCACAUCUGGACACUAAGCAGGGAAUCAGCACGGAGUUGAAGCGGAGAUCGUACUCGGGUGAGCUUUUCCUCUAGUGCGCUCGUAUCAUUUUGAUUCCCAUGGCGUUAAUCUAGGUUUUUCACUGUUUUUGCUCUUGCUUUUUGGUGGAGGUCAUCGCCCCCAAGCAGCUAGAAUCCGGAGCUAGGAAGGAGUGCGGGAAGCACAGAUCAGAUAGUUUUUCUUAAAAAACACAUAUAAAUUACAAUGCCAAGAGUACAGAAGGAGAAACAAGGACGGGCGACAUCAUCCAAUGCUGUAUCUCACAAUAUCUACUAGCAUCUAUCAUUUUUUGGUUCUAAGGAACAGGGCCUCCCCUACUAGGCUUGUCAAGCUAUAUAGGGUCAUGUCUGAAGAUCAGAGGAAGAUGAUUCGAGAUGUGCAUUUUGACGGGCUACUCAAGAUUGAGUGCUCCACCAUCCCAGCAGAGUUUGCAAACUUGCUAAUGGUUGAGUGCUUCAAUGCAGACACUUCAGAGCUUGUUCUCCCUGGAAGGGGAAGGAUUUCAGUCACAACACAGUCCAUUGCUGAUAUACUGCAUUUGCCAAGCAAGGGUGCCGAAGUCAAAUAUGAGCUUGACGUGGACGCCAUCAAUUUUAUACACAAGUAUGACAUUCUGCAAGGUUCAGCACCAAAGAUUGAUGAAAUAAUUAAAAGGAUCAAGAAUAACAAGGACAAAAACGAAGAUUUCCUAAAGUCCCAGCUGAUGAUCGCAGUGUUGACUUUUCUGUGCCCUCCCACCAGCUUUCGGAUAAGCCCUAGAUGCUACCCCUCACUAGUGGACGUCUCAAGAGUGAAGAAGUUGAAUUGGUGUCAGUUUGUGGUCAACCAGCUGAAGGUUGCUGCUAAAAAGAUCAACACGAAAAAUUCUGUCAAGGGUUGUAUCCUACUGCUUGUCAUUAUCUAUGCAGAUUCUCUAACCAUUCAAAAUGUACAAAUCCCUGCCACCAUGCCAAGGAUUGCUGCGUGGACAAGGAAGCUGUUGGACGAGGUCAUCAAGCUGGAGAUGAAUGGUGAUGGUUCAUUUGGCAAACUCAAGCUCAAACCAUCGCACAUUCAGUGGUGCAGGACUCUCCUUUCCAAAUGGAUGACAUAUAUAGCUUUGCAUCAUCAAAAGUUUCGAGAGAUUUGGCACCAGAGAAGAAGAGGAAAAUAUGUGAAGCUGUAAGAAAAGUUCUAGGUGGCGUCACAGAGGUGUUAGGUACAUUUAUUGAAGAAUUAAAAUUUGCAGAAGAUGGGGAUCCAGCUGAAUCAAGUGUGAGAAGAUCAAAGAGGGGGAGGACAGUGAAACACUAUGAAGAAGAAGAAGAUGGAGAGACAGGAAGAUUCAGAUUGUGAAGCUGAGGAAGAAGAAGAUUUUUGCAGCAACGAUGAAGGUAGCUUGGGAUUGGAUUCUGAAGAUGAAGCCAACCGCGCAGUCGCCCCUGAGGAUAUACCAGCAAUGGAAGAAAAUGUGCCAUUAAGCACGCGGUUAAAGAGAAUGCAAUCAGCUCUAAAGCAACCAGUCAGCGGUCAUGGAACAGGCAGCAGUGGAAGAACUAGAGGUGAUGAUACAGUUCAAGAUCAGAAAAAUACUGAGCCAAGAGGCGAUGUACCCGCACCAACAGUACCGAACAGCAUCUCUGCACCCUCAGCAUCAACUGUACCAGUAGCACAAGGGGACCAAGGAGUGAAGAAAUGAGGGAGUGCGGACAUCAGAUGGGUAAGGCUCAUGCUGCCACAAAAAUCAACCACGGCAGUCAAUUCUAGAGAGGAAAGAGUAGUAACUCUAGCAAGUGAUGGCAAUAGGAGUUCUUGGGACUUCCCUCCACCAGAUUUUGAUAUUAUGAAGGCAAUUGAAGAGCCGACGCCACCGGGGGAAGGAACAAGCGGAUCACACCAAAUCCAAGUUGAUGCCACCCCCACUGCUAUGCCCAAGAAAUAUAGCAUCGAGCCUGAUGAUGCGUCUUCAUGGACAUUGGACAGUCUACCGGAUGAGGAGCUUCAAAUGUUUGAAGAUGAAGCUAUUGAAAUGCUUAAACAAGUCCAGGCCAAGCGCAACAGGGUUGUUCCAGCUACACCAAAGUGCGCAGCAACCCCAGCAGACAACCUGAACGUAGUAUCUAGUAGCAAGCAAAAUAUGAUUGGACAAUCAACAUCAGCUAUUUAUCAAGUGUUGACAAAGGAACUAGCAAUGCAAACAGUGGGAGACUCCUCUAUCACACCUGAUGACACACCAGCGCCAAGACGGGUGCUUAGAACACUCGUAACUUUGCAGUCCCCAUAUGUUGAAAUCGCUCGAAAAAUAUCCUUUAAGUGCAGCAAGGCUGUGCCUAAGGUGUAUGAUGUUGUUUGCUCGUGUCCAGAAAGGUGCACCAGGUCUAACAAUAGGGAUGUCAUCAUAAUCAAUUACCUGUUCAAUCAUGCCACAUUGGGAGAUCUGGUGGACUCGGUAAAACCAGGAGGGAAGUUGAAGAGUGCCAUUGUAGAGAUUGCCAUUUAUAUGAUCAAUGGCAAGAAGACAAGGGGGGCCACCAGAUGCGUAAUGCCACUGCAUGUUUCAACACUUCUACUAAAUCAUCAAACAGGAAGGGUAGCGGUCCAGCGAGCCUUCAGAAAAGAUGUAAACCACCUAGACCACCGGCAGAUGAAAUUCUUCCCAGUCCUAUAGAAGCUGGUGGAAGCUGAUGAACACUCAGGGCACUACUUUUUGAUUGUGCUAAACUUGCGCAAUAAAAGUUUUGAGCUGCUGGACUCUAUGAGGUCACUGAAGAUGAAAAGCUAGCUGCUUGUUGCAAUGGUUUUCUAGCUGCAAUAAAAAGCUUGUGGAAGCACCACUACUCCGAUUCAAAGCAUCCAAUAGAUAAUUAUGAACUCGUUGGUAUUGUAGUCUCAAAGCAAACUAUAAUGCCACUUUUUAUUGGUGUCU